CUCAUACUUCAGUCAGGCUCUGAAUUUCGUUCGGUGUAAAUUCUCUGCUCAGUUCGGAGUCGAAAAAAAAAGAAAGAAAGAAACAACUGGAUAUUAGUGGCAUUUUAAAAAUAUAAAAGUCACCUUUUUAGAAUAUUUCGAUUUUUUUUUUUUUUUGGUGAGAAGAGUGAAAGAAAAUUUUGAAGACUUGUGCCCGAAAUUUAAAGGGGGAUAAAAAAAAAAACAAGGAAAUUAAGUGUAACGUGAACUUAAGGUGUGGGAGAUAUCCCAUUUUUUUUUUUGGAUUUGUGUUUUUCUUUUUGAAAAAAAAAGAAGAAAGGGGAGAAAAAUCACCAAUUCUGCGCCAGUGGCCUUUGAAAAUUGUGAAAUGACGGUCACUACUAAUUUUUCGAUGAUGCGGCCAUGCUUUACCGGAUAUUCAUUUCAAGAUCUGGGAUCGAUACCGGGACAGGGUCGUGUUAAUCAAUUAGGAGGUGUAUUCAUUAAUGGAAGACCCCUUCCAAAUCACAUAAGAAAGCAAAUUGUCGAAAUGGCCGGAAGUGGCGUUCGACCUUGCGUGAUAUCGAGACAACUUAGAGUAUCACAUGGAUGUGUUUCGAAAAUUUUGAAUCGCUAUCAAGAAACCGGAAGUAUUAGGCCUGGUGUUAUUGGAGGAAGUAAACCACGAGUAGCAACACCUGAGGUUGAAUCGAGAAUUGAAGAUUAUAAACGAGAAAAUCCAAGUUCAUUCUCAUGGGAAAUUAGAGACAGACUUAUUAAAGAGGGAAUGUGCGAUAGAGGAAGUGCUCCAAGUGUUUCGGCUAUUUCACGUCUUUUACGGGGACGUGACAUUGAAGAUGAAACAAAAAUUGGAGAUGGAAAGACAAGUUCAGGAUCCGAUUGUGAGAGUGAACCGGGAAUUCCAUUGAAGCGCAAACAACGUCGUAGUCGUACAACAUUUACAGCACAUCAAUUAGAUGAAUUGGAAAGGGCUUUUGAAAGAACACAAUAUCCUGAUAUUUAUACAAGAGAAGAAUUAGCACAACGUACAAAAUUAACUGAGGCUCGCAUUCAAGUAUGGUUCAGCAAUCGUAGAGCAAGACUACGCAAACAAUUAUCAUCGACAACAUCAAGUGGCUAUGUUAGUUCAGUUCCCUAUUCAGCAACACCUUAUGUUCUUCAUCCACCACCAGCAGCGCCACAUUCACAUUCUGGCGCUUCAUUACCACCAACACAUUCACAUCCACAUCAUGGACAAAGUCUUCCAGAUCCAGUAUUCUCCUCAAGUCCCGAUUUAUAUCCCUCUCAUCAUUCAACGAUACCACAUCAAUUAACCGCCGACACAAGUCGCCUUGCAUCGUCCGUUUGCUCGACUCCAACUUACAGUCUUCCACCGUCCGUAAGCUAUCCAACAACACUUCUACCGCCUACCUCAUCGCCAAAUGCAACAACACACAUGAGUCAUCAACUAUCACCAGUGCAUUCAUCAACCUAUCAACAAAACACUGCUCAUCAAUUGCCACCAACUCCCAAUUCACUUGUCACAAUGAUGGGUUCAAAUUCAAAUCCAGGAUCAGAGCAUUUAACAUCAUCGAGUGAUCUUCCAAUUUCUUCUGUCUCACCUGUUAAUCAUCAUCAUCAUCAUCAACAACAACAACAACAACAACAACCAUCGAGUCAAGGUAAUUCCUCACCACCAUGGAAUUUACCACCAAUCAGUAAUAGUGGUAAUCGAGUUGGACUACCAACACCACCGGGUAAUAUUCAACAACAUUCGCAUACAACACACCCGCAUCAAUUCAGCAGUCAUUAUGCGAGUCAAAGUUUUCAACAACCACCAAGACCCACACCACAUCAACCUUUUUAUAGUUGGUAUUAAUUGAAAAAUGUAUAUAAUGCAUUUGGGAUUGUAAAUAAGUUUUUUUUGGCUAAUUUUUUUUAAACCCCGCCAACUCUCUAAAAGGUAGAGUGAUUCAAAAGUGGUAACGCCCAUAUUUAUACCAGUUUUCUCUGAUUAGGGAAAUUUUUUUUGAAAAUACUUGUCUUCCAUAAGUAGAUUAUUAAAAUUUUUACUAUUUAGAUUUGUUGUAAUGUAUUUUUAAAAUAUUUAUUUGAUUUUACUUUUUUUUUAAAUUUGUGAAUGGACACGCCUACUGGCUCCACCUACUUAACUCCCAUUUUGUAUUAAGCCACGCCUAUUUCUCCUCCUACUUCAUAUAAGGGCACGCCCAUUUCUCAUCUUACUUUAUUAUUAAGCCACGCCUAUUUAUAAAAGUACAAUUCUUCUCUUUGGCUCCGCCUACUACAGAUGAACACGCAUAUUUCUCCGCCCACUUUAUAUUAAGCCACGCCUUUUUUUACUUUUAUUUUUAAGUCACGCCUAUUUAAAAAAACAAACUAUUCUUCUCUCAAUGCUUGGCUCCGCCUACUACAGAUGAACAUGCCUAUUUCUCCGCUUUCUAUUAAGCCACGCCUCUUUUUCUCACUUUAUUUUCUAUUUAUAAAAUAACCAUCCUAUUCUCCUUGUUUGGAUCCACCUAUCAUAAAUGAAUACGCCUAUUUUUCCGCCCACAUUAUUUUAGGCCACGCCUAUUUAUGAAAUAUUCCUCCUCUUUUUUUUAAUCCAACUACUAUGAAUAAACACGCCUAUCUUUUCGCCCACUUUAUUUUAGGCCACGCCUUUUCUAACUCCCAUCUGAUGAAAGAGACACGCCUUUGUCUCUAACUUUUUCUGUAGACCCCGCCUACUUUACUCCCACCAGAGAGAAGCCACGCCUAUUUUUUUGAAUUUUUUUUACCACGCGAUGCCCCGCCUUAUUUUUUUUUCUUCUAAAUAAACUUUUAUCUCUUAGUUUUAAAAUAACGAUGAAAAAAUUAAUUUUAACACGAUAUUCAAAAUAUCGAUUAAAUGUAAUUGUGUAUAUCGAUAUUUUGUGUUAACAGUUAUUGAUAUAUCAAUUUUAAAUAUUUCGAAUUUAAAAUUAUCGUUUUCUUUUAAGUUUCUAUAGAUUUUAAAUUGUCGAUAUUAAAAAAAUAAUUAACGUCGAAAAUUUUGCGUUUUUAAAAAUGAUUUAAGUGAUAAUAUUAAAAAUAGAUGAUUUUUAAAAUCGUUUUUAACGCCAGUACUGAUGUCGAUUAAUUUUUAAAUCGAAA